AUGUCAUCCAUGAAGGAACAGAUGAAAAUAACCAACAAAAUUUUCACAAAAGACUACGAACUUCGGCUGCAAAAUCAAGCCGCGCUUGAUGGAGCCAACGAAGAAACCCGUGCCUUUAUGGCCGAGGAUAGUCGAAUAAAGAAGUCGCUUCAAAACAAGAUUUCAAAUGGCAAAGCGCGCACUAUCAACUGCAAACGCACUAUGGAAAAAAUGGCUGUAUGUCUUGACGAAACAUCUGGAGAGAAGAAAGCCCUGUCCAAAAGGAAGAAAAUUCUUUCUCAAGAAGUAGCUAAAAAACGGGAAGACCUAAAAGAUAGCAUAGCUGCUUGCGAGAAACAGCUGGCUACUGUCAUCGAACAGGUCAAGCAAAGCAGGGACACAAUUGAGACCCUCUCUCCGGGCCAUUUGGCCCUGGUAAAGGAAGCCGGUAUCAAGGAGGAGAAUACGGAGCUCAUCCUGCUCCGGUUGAAUGGUGGGUUGCUUUGUAUGUAA